GCUAGUCCACACUGAAAGUUUCAUUUUAUUUAAAUUUCGCUUCGCGAUGUCUACAGCAGUUUACGUUUUGUUGUUGAAAGCAGUCUGGACGUUAUGUUGGGCAUCAUCACUCACGGGUCCCGAAGAAGCACGGGGCCUGGCCGAGCAUAUCUUAGCCAUACCCAACGCUGAGAAGGUGCUCAACUCUGUGCUGGGCCAACUGGAGUAUAAUCGGCAUAAGGCAGAACAGCGGUACCAGCAGGACACUGAAUGUGGGGAGAUCCUGCCGGAAUACACAGAGUCUAUACAGGAUGACCGCGAAAGAAACACGCGUCAACUCUUUCAAAAACAUUCACCUCUGUGCCAUUUGGAAAGAAAAAUCCGGAAACUCAGUACCACCGAGUACGAAUACCGGCCCGCUUACUAUGAGGAGGUUCGGUGUGUUGCGUCAGGGGACGGCGGCAGCUCCAAUGAAAUAUGUUCUAGUCUCGGCUUGUCUUGUGUGCAAUGGAAUAAAACUAUUCAUUUGACCAGGAGACGGUAUACAAGUGAUUGUUGGGAGACGAGAACUCUUAUCAUCCCAGCAGGGUGCGAAUGUCUGUGGUCCAAUCAGAAGCUCGGCGACAUAUCUCUACACAUUUGAAAAUUACAACUUGCUUCUUGGGAUCUGUCAACGUUGAACUAAACAAUCGAGCUUAAUAAAUAAA